AUGCAAAGAAUAUUAGGAGAAGCGAAGCAAAGACAAGCAGAAGUUGAAGCAGCACAUAAUAAACUUGUACCUAAUCUGCAUGCACCACCAGCAGCAGCAACAACAGCAGCAGCAGAAACUGCAGCAGCAGAAGAUGGAGCAGCAGCAGCAGAUGGAGCAGCAGCAGCAGCAGCAGAUGCAGAAGCAGGAGCAGCAGAAGCAGGAACGACAGGAACGGCAUCCGAGAGCCCCACAGAUAAGCAACAGCAGCAGCAACAGCAGCAGCAGCAGCAGGAGAAGCAGCAGCAGCAGCAGCAGCAGCAGGGAGCAGGAGAAGUAGAGAGACAUCAUUUGUACACAGACCACCGUAUGGCUGCAGGUUUUACAUCAACAAGAGUGGAAGGAAGAACAACUCAGGUGUAUAGGGAGCUAUCAGAAAGAGAGCAGAUGCUUCCAGUGUAUGCACGGUGCAAACAGCAAAAGAUAAAGAGCUAUGUUCGCAUGCAAACAUCACUUGGAUCUGUAAACCUUGAGCUGUAUAGCCACCUAACGCCUAGAACAACAGACAGCUUUCUUCGUCAUUGUCUGAGUGGUUAUUAUGAAGGAACAAUCUUUCAUCGUCUAAUAAAGAACUUCAUGCUUCAAGGGGGUCGUGCAGAGCUCCGCAUUAACCCUCCCCCACACCACCCACACCACCAACAGCAGCAGCAGCAGCAGCAGCAGCAGCAGCAGCAGCGGAAGCAGCAGCAGCCUCUUGUGAGUCGUAGUGGGUUCCCUAAUGGUGCUCCGUUUGAAGAUGAGAUCAUGGGGCAGCUCAGUCAUCAAGGAAUCGGCGUCAUAGGGAUGGCUAACGAAGGGAGACGAAAUAGAAAUUUGUCAGAGUUUUAUAUUACUUUUAAGUCCUGUACACACCUCGACGUUGUCGGGGGCUUGGAGGUUCUUAGAGCUUGGGAGGCUCUGCCUGUAGACAGCAAAGACAGACCUCAGCGUCCGCUAGUAAUUGAGAAGAUGCAUAUUUAUAAAAAUGCUUUUGAUGUCGCUAAGAUGGAUAUGCAAAAAGAAAAAGAAAAAGAAUUAAAUAAAGAAGCAGAAGAAGCCAAGGAGGCAGCUCGCCCGUGGUUUAACAACAGAGACGCCUUAGACCAAACAGCUUCUCACCCGGAGAGACACUCAAACAAAGUAGGAAAAUAUCUGUCUCCAACUUCAGCAGCAGCAGCAGCAGCAGCAGCAGCACCUGCUGCUGCUGCUGCUGCUGCUGAGAAGCAUCUGCUGCCAGCAAUAUUAAUGGGCGAAGAUAUUGCACAGUAUGCAACAGCACCGAGAAAAGCAAAGAAAGUUAGAAGGGGCCUCGAUAUGUCUUCCUGGAGUUGA